UACAAAGAGUUGCAUCCUCAAGAACAAGAACAUCGACGUUGCUAAUCCUUCUGCAACAAACAAGCCUCCUAGCUUGAUGGGGCGAAGAGCCACAGCAUAUAUAUACUUGCGAGGUCCACUCACACCUCCUCCUUCUUACUUCAGCGCUUCUCCUUCCUCUACAAAGCCUAAAAGAGCCAACGUUCGUUCUGCUUCCUUGGUCAACAAGAAUCGUAGUGUUCCGUCGUCUCCGGUUGCUUCAUCUUCAUCAUCCUCGUCUUCAACAUCUUCUGUGCCUUCCUCUCCAAUGAGGACGUCGGAUUCGUACGGAAGGAACAGCAGAAGACCAAUGUGGUACGGAUCUAGACAUUAUAAUGCUAAGUCUUCAGGAUGCUACGGUUCCAUCAUCAAGUUGUUUCUAAGAGAUGUCAAGUAAUUAUGUUUUUAAAUCUCUCAAAAAAUAUGUUGGGUUUCUACUCUUUUUUUGUAAUCUUGGGAAAUAAUUUUCUGAAACUAAUUGUCCUCAGAUUCAUUUCAUCUCAAUGAAUCUACUGGUUGGGUCAUAAGUCAUAAUCAUAUGCUUUUCAUUAAACUCUGA